AUGAGGGGCAUUGUUGGGUCUACCUACCUGACCUCGAUCACCCCGCUCCCGCCCUUCACGCCCGACCUGUACCAGCGCGCCUGGUGCUCGGUGCCGCACCCGACGCUGCCGCUGCUCGCGACCGCCCACGCCAAGUCGGUCACCGUCUUCUCGCUCGCCACGCUCGCCAAGCACAGCGCGCUGACCGGCGGGCACGCGCGCUCCGUGCGCGCCGUCGCGUGGCAGCCCCCCCGAGGCGGUGGCAGCGGCGGCGGCGGCUGGGCGGGGCAGGACGGGGGGAGGAGGAAAAGGAGGAGGAGGCGGUUGGGGUUGGUUACGGGGAGUUUUGAUGCGACUGCGGGCAUGUGGAGUUUUGUUGAGGGCGGCGGUGGGGGGGAGGAUGAGGAGGAGGAGGGUGGGUUGGAGCGGGAGGUGCGGUUUGGUGACGACGGCGGUCUUGGGGAUGGCGAGGGGGAAGACAAGGAGUGGGAGUUUGAUCUCGUCCUGGAGGGCCACGAGAACGAGGUCAAGGGCCUGGCCUUCUCGCCUGGCGGGCAGUACCUCGCGACGUGCAGCCGCGACAAGUCGGUGUGGAUCUGGGAGGACGUGUCGGGUGGUGAGGACGUCGUCGACGGCGGCGACGACGAGGGCGAGUGGGAGACGGUGGCGGUGCUGAGCGAGCACGACGGCGACGUCAAGGCCGUCGCGUGGUGUCCGUCGCACCUGCCCAACGCGCGCGCCAGGCGGCACCACUACAGCGCCGAUGUGCUUGCCAGCGCCAGCUAUGACAACACGGUGCGCAUCUGGCGCGAGGAUGCCGACGGCGAGUGGGUGUGCGUGGCGGUGCUGGAGGGCCACGACGGCACCGUCUGGGGCUUGCAGUGGGAGGGCAGGGCGCGGCCGGACGGCCGGUUCCCGCGGCUGAUGACCUUCUCGGCGGAUGGGACGGUCAAGGUGUGGACGCUGCGCGAAGAGGAAGAGGAGGAGGACAACGACGCAGAUGGCAGCGGACGGGGGGCGAAUCCCUUCCAGUCCGGUUUCGGCGGCAUCCCGAAUACCAUGCGGCGGUCGCUCAGGGAGGAGUGGGAUUGCACGGCCGUGCUGCCCAAGGUGCAUUCGCGGGACGUGUAUUCGGUGUCGUGGAGCGCCGAGACGGGGCUCGUAGCCAGUACCGGGGGUGACGGCGUCAUUGCGCUUUACGCCGAGGAUGAAAGCGCCCCGUCUCGGGGUGCAGAGGCUGGCGACGCUGAGAACGGGACGCCCGGCCCGAAGGGCAACUGGCGGGUCCUGGCCACCGUUCCCAACGCCCACGGACCGUACGAGAUCAACCACAUCACAUGGUGUAAGCGGUUUGACCCGGGCGCCGAGCAGAGGGGCAAGGAGGAGAUGUUGGUCACGACGGGCGACGACGGCGUCGUCCGGCCGUGGCAGGUCAGGAUAUAG